AUGAAGCUGCGCAACCUCGAGAAGGUCGACUACAGAGAGACGCGACCCAAGAAGGAACGCACGGAGGGGGAGGCCGCUGGCCAAAGGCGCACCGCGAGCGGCCGCGUCACCAAGAGCGUUCCCACUCCGCCCAAGCGCCGCCCAGGUCGUCCGCCAAAGAGCGCGUCCAAGCGGAGCCCAAAGCAAGGUCCUGGAUCCACGUCGGCAAAUGCCCUCAGCGUCACUCCGAAGAAAGCCUCGAGCCGGUCUAUGAAGCGCGAGUACCAGCCGGUCUCACCCAUUGUGAAGAUCGUGAAGAAAACUUCGGUGGAAUCGGAGCACCACAGUGUUCUCAUGCACAAGUUCUUCAGAGCCCACGAAGACGAGGUAGCCCACAUCCCGAAGAAGAAGCAGCGCAAAGCACUGGGCAAGCUGUGGCGCGAGUCUCUGCUGAACCCCAAGAACGCCCGCGCGCAGAAGGAGGGUGCUCCUGAGACUGAAGACAUGGAGCAAGCGGGCACCGAGGAUAGUGCUGGCGAGGGUGGCAGCGGGUGA